CGUAAAGCUUUUCACUUUGUUUAUGUAUUAGGGUGGAAAAAAAAAAAGAUGACAACGGUAAAGCUUCCGUGGGAUAUGGAGGUAGAGUUACUCACUUGGCUUCCACCUCGAUCUCUUGUUCGGUUCCGAGCCGUGUGCAAAAAAUGGAACUCUCUUCUCAAUGACAAGAGUUUUCUCAACCAGCACUCGUCUAGAUCUCGUCCCCAGUUCAUUUUCUUAACUAAAUCGAAGACUUACUCGAUUGACGUUGACCUCUGCGGCGCAGGAGUUGGUCCAACGAUAAAGAUGUGUGAGGUAGCAUCUGAUUUUCCUUGUCAACCUAUGAAUUGGGAAAAUAUUAAUGUCGCAUCUUGCGACGGAUUACUGUUUCGUGAAUUUUUGAGGAAAGGCGUGGCUGUCUGGAAUCCUUGGUUGAAACAUAUGGGGUUGAUAGAGUUCAAGGAAAAAGAUUUUUAUUUUGGAGGGGUAGGAUACGAUAGUAAUAGACCCGAAAAAGGUUACCAGAUCUUGGGUUAUUUUUGUAGAGUCGACGACACUUGCAAAAAAGGUUACGAUAAAUUUGCGGUUUACGAGUGUGCUGCUAAGAUGUUUAAAUUUAUUGACUUUCCUUUCAGGAAGUGGUCUCUGUGGUCCGCCAUCACUGAGGCGGCUGCCCCUUUGUCUUUGAAGGGAAAUUUGUUUUGGAUUGGUUACUGUGACGAGAUACGUGAAAGUACCAUCCAAAGCUUUAGUUUUUCCAGGGGUAUAUUCAUCAAAAAGUUUUGCAUGCUGCCUUGUGAGAAAGUUUUUUAUGUCAAUAAACUUGUCCUAGCUAUUUAUAAGGGAGAUCGGUUAUCGUUGCUAAAUCAACGCUACGCAACAGGAAAGAUUGAGAUUUGGGUGACAAAGGAUUAGAUUGAUGAUAGAGCGCAAGUGGUGUGGGAAAACUUGAUGAAUUUGUCAACAACUAACUUACCAAGGCUAAAAGAUGAAUAUUAUGGCGUUAGGUAUUUUAUUAUCGACAAAACCAUAAUCAUGUGUUACGAGAACAGUCAAACUGGAGCGGCUUGCGUCUACAUUGUGAGUGGAGAUAUGUUCAAGAAGAUUCCAAUAGAUUAUGGGAAUGUUCUUGAGUGUUACCACCGUGUCUAUUUUCCAAAUUUGAUCCGGCUUCCUUUAGAAUUCAGACGAUCGCUGGAAAUUUAAAAUUGUUUUUUUCUUGUUUUUAAAUUUUUAUUUAUCUCAAAUCUUAUCUCAUAAAAACAUGGGUUUAAUAUUAAAGUUAAAUUACAAUAAAAAAAAUUACAAUUUGGUGCUGUUUGCAGUAAAAAAAAAUAUGUAGUAUAAAUUAUAGAUGUAGAUAUAAAAUAUUGAGUUCAUAUUUUUGGUAGUUGAUGUUGUUAACUUCAAUUUAUUUAACAGCUGAGAAAAUGCAUGCGAAUUAUGCAUCACCAAACCAUAAAUUAGAAUCAAGAUAAGUUUUUGUUUACAUAUAUAAUUUUGAUCUAUUCGCAAAAAAAUAUAUUAUGAAAUAAAUAUUGAAAUAUAUAUAGCAAUAAAUUAGUUAUGUUCACAUAAUUUGAAAAAUAUAUUUUUUCUUUUAAAUUGUUUUUUCAUAAAUUUCAACAUAUAAAGUUUUCAUCUUAAUCAUAUAAAAUAUCUACGCGUUAUUAAUUAAGUUUUGUUAUCAACAAAAUUAAAAUUUGAUUUAAUUUAGAUUUUUUUGGUCACAAUUUAUGUUAUUAGUUUAAAACUCAUAAUAAUAGUUGAAAUUUUAGAUUUUGAAUGAAAAUAAUAUUUAUUUAUAUACUAUUUUUUCAACAACUGACAAAUAGAUGAUAAUGUGAAGAUUUAAAUUAAUAUAAUUUUAAUUAGUCAUUUUCUCAGGAAUCUUACCAGUUAUUUAGAAAAAAAAUGUAAUUUUAAAAUUACAAUCUUCAUAAAGUUCAAAAAAUAACAAAAUUUUCAUCCUUAUCAUAAAAUAUACUUUUUUGUUAUUACUCAAUAGAUCAAUACAUAAUUAUUAAUUAAGCAAUUUGUUUUAUCAACAAAUUUGGUUUAUAAGUUAUUUUAUGUUUUGAAAAUAAUUUGGUUAUAUUUUAUGGUAAUAGAUCUUAGCACAAAAUAAAUAUUUAAAGCUUUAGCUUAUACUUCAAAAAGAGAAAAAAGAUUAUUGUGUGCACAAUUUGUUUUAAAUUCCUAUCACACACACACAUAUAUAUAUGAACAAUACUUGGGUUCACCCCUAUGGUGAAUGGUUAAAUUCAUCUCA